UAUAGAGGUGAAACUAGUCGACAAAUAAAUUAUAAGUAACCCACUUACCUGGUGACACUUGUCCUUGUUGCGGUUAACCUCCCCCCUCUUUAUAUUCAUAUACUCUGUUAAUCGCCCUGCAUACCUUGUGUAUCCAAGUUCAAGUGAAGCACCCCGCUGAAGGACCCACCUACCUGAACUGACGUUGGCUCUACCUUCCUUAUAUAAAGCUGUAGGGUUGCAUAAAGAUGACAGAAGGAUUCCUGAAGUAGUUCAAAACAGACUCCUUAGAAUGUUACUGUAACCUGGUUUUCUGCUACAUUACAAUGAGUAGUCAAGGCAGUAACUACAGCCACCAAAGUCAAGGCAGUAACAAUGGCAACUACAGUCGAGGGAGCCAGGGAAGGGGUGGAGGAGGCAGAGGAAAUUGGCGGGGAGGAGGAAACUGGCGGGGCAGGUGGAGAGGGAGAGGGCGGGGUGGAAGAUACUUCAGUCACCAUGGAAACAGAGGAGGAAGAGGUGCAAACAGUCAAAAUGGAAUUGGCCUCAUGGAUGUUCCACAAGGUGCCCACCGUCCACCUAUGGUACAGACAAGAAUAGAAGUCCAGUCUCCGUAUAAAGGAUGGAGGAUGUACUUUCCAGAGGAAGUUUAUUGUGAGCAUUCUCCGACUGUCACCAGAAUCCAGGUGUUUGAGAAAUAUUUGAUCAGUUGGUCCCACUCCUAUAAAUGGAAUGAUGUGGAAGAGAAAGGAAGUUUUACUAUGGAAUAUAAAGAUCUCAUCUCCGAUGAAAUAAUCCAGCAGAAGCUACCAGAAUUAGCAACUGAUUUGAAGGACAUGCCUGAAAAUAUCCUGUCCUGUCUUGGAAUUGCUGCACACCAGUUAGUAACUAACCUGAGGAGGAGGGAGGCAGCAGAGGAUGGUACAGACCAGCUCGACACUAGCUACGGUGUCCCCAUGAUCCAGGCUAGGGUUGCUAACUUUGGAUCACCUAUACCACUGAAAAACCUCAAGGCCAAUUAUUAUGGAAAAUUUGUUUCCAUUAAGGGGACAGUUGUAAGGGUGGGUAAUAUCAAGCCAUUGUGUACCCGCCUGGCAUUUGAAUGUAACAGCUGCGGAACUGUACAGAGUGUAUCAUUACCAGACGGAAAAUAUAUUCUACCAACGAGGUGUCCUGCCCAUGAGUGUAGAAGUAAAACGUUUGUACCAAGGAGGAGUUCGGAUCUUACACAGACUAUAGAUUGGCAGACUAUCAGAGUGCAAGAAAUCAUGGGAGAUGGACAGAAGGAGACUGGACGUAUACCAAGGACUAUUGACUGUGAAUUGACACAAGAUCUAGUGGACAGUGCUGUUCCUGGUGACAUAGUGACAGUGUCUGGAGUAGUCAAGGUAAACAGCGUGGAUGAGGGUCGGGGGCGCAACAAAGACAAGUGUAUGUUUCUAUUGUACCUACAUGCCAACUCUGUCCACAACACCAAGGGUAACAAGUCAGGUGACACAGCUGGCCUGGCCAUUGACUUCUCCAUCAAAGAACUGUAUGCCAUCGAGGAGAUACAGAGUGAACCUAACACAUUCAGGCUCCUCGUUGGGUCUGUGUGCCCUUCAAUAUAUGGACACGAGUUGGUGAAGGCUGGACUUAUCCUGGGCCUUUUUGGAGGAACACAGAAAUACACAAAUGAUAAAAACCGUAUCCCAGUUCGUGGAGACCCACACAUCUUAGUGGUAGGUGAUCCAGGUCUGGGCAAGAGUCAGAUGUUACAGUCGACUUCCAACAUAGCUCCAAGAAGUGUUUAUGUGUGUGGAAACACGACCACUACCUCAGGUUUAACGGUGACUUUGUCGAGGGACGGUGGGUCUGGAGAUUUUGCUCUGGAGGCAGGUGCCCUUGUACUUGCCGACCAAGGAUGCUGCUGUAUUGAUGAAUUUGACAAGAUGGGAAACCAACACCAGGCAUUGUUGGAAGCUAUGGAGCAACAGAGUAUCAGUAUAGCCAAAGCAGGAAUUGUCUGCAGUUUGCCUGCACGGACGUCAAUCAUAGCUGCUGCUAACCCUGUAGGAGGUCACUACAAUAAAUCAAAAACUGUGUCAGAAAAUCUCAAGAUGGGAAGUGCCCUGUUGUCCAGAUUCGAUCUUGUUUUUAUCCUCCUUGACAAACCUGACGAGGAAAUGGACAGCAUGUUAUCUGAACAUGUCAUGGCCCUUCAUGCGGGUAAAAAUAGAUCUAUGACAAGAGUUACAGCAAGAAGAUCCGGGGCAGAUGACUCUAUUCUGCUGAUGGAGACAGACAAACCUCUGAGUGACAGACUAAAGGUUCCCCGAGGAGAGGCCUUUGACCCUAUUCCAGCCCAACUCCUCAGAAAGUAUGUCGGGUAUGCCAGAAAGUAUGUCCACCCAAAGAUAGGGAAAGAAGCUGCAACUGUUCUACAGGAAUUUUACCUGGAGCUUCGUAAACAGCACCAAACUCAAGAUAGCACACCCAUUACCACCCGACAACUCGAGUCACUGAUACGCCUGACGGAGGCCCGGGCACGUCUGGAACUGCGUGAGGAGGCGACAAAGGAGGAUGCCAAUGAUGUGAUAGAGAUUAUGAAAUAUAGUAUGGUGGACACUUACUCUGACCAGUAUGGGGGGCUGGAUUUCCGCCGGUCACAGCAUGGUUCGGGUAUGAGUGGACGUUCACAGCCAAAGAAGUUUGUGGCAGCUUUGCAGAAAAUUGCUGAACAGACCUACAACUCGAUUUUUACAAUACCACAACUAAGACAAAUUUCAAAGGAUAUUGGCCUCAACAUUAUGGAUUUCGAAGGUUUUAUAAGCUCACUAAACAAUCAAGGAUAUCUAUUGAAGAAAGGAGCCAAAGUUUACCAGCUACAGACAUCUGACUAUUGAAGGAGGCUUCAACAGAAUAACUGAAUAUUGAUGGACAAGUUUCUACA